GCGUGAGUCGUGCGUGCGCGACAGGGGGUUGAGGCGUGUGAUGAAGUCGCUGCCUCAGGCUGGCGAUUGAACAAACGCCCCUUGUGUGCUGCAGCUCAGAGUGGGUGUUACCAACUCUACUGCUGCUGCCAACCCACUUGGACAUCUUGAUACACAGGAAGAUGGGAGUUUUGGACAGCUUGCGGUUCACUAGCUACCUGAGGGAGCGACGAUGCAAAUCAAGGCAUUUAAGGAAGUUUAUACAGUAACACCUUGGUUAAUGAACGCUUCUGUUCACAAACAGUUGAGUUUGUGAACAGAAGUAUUUGGCAAAGUUUUGCUUCCAUUUGUGAACUCCACAUCGGGUGAUGAACACAGCAGCAGCCAUCUUCCCCGCAUGAAUGCAAACUCGGCCAUAUCCUUGUUCUGACACAUGGUCAUGGCUUCCAGGAGUCAAGAUCAAAGUCACAGAUAGACCUGUGCACACUUGCUGUGAAACUUUUUUGUGUGCUUUUCAGCACAUACAGUACCGUACAGUAUUAUUCAAUCUAGUAUGGCUUCAAAGAAAGUGCAGAGCAAGUAUUGUGGUAGAAAGAAAGUGCUGAGCAGUAAUGAUGUACAGAGCAAGAAUGGUAAGAAGAUUCUGAAGAAAAUAACCAUUGAAUUGAAGAAGGAAAUCAUACGAAAGCAUGAGGGUGGUAUUCGUGUGACUGAUCUGGCCUGUGAGUACAAAGUGGCGAAGUCAACAAUCUCAACUAUUUUGAAGAAUAAAGAUGCCAUUAAAAGAGCUGAUGUGGCAAAAGGAGUAACAACAUUAACCAAGCAGAGGUCACAAGUGCUGGAAGAGGUGGAAAAACUUUUGUUAGUGUGGUUGAAUGAGAAACAGCUGGCAGGUGAUAGUGUCAGUGGCGCCAUGAUCUGUGAAAAAGCCAGAAAAUUGCACAGCGAUUUACUGCAAGAAAACCUUUCAACUUGUGCAACAGGUGAUGCAUUUAAAGCCAGUAGAGGGUGGUUUGAUAAAUUCCGCAAGAGAAGUGGCAUCCACAGUGUGAUAAGACGUGUUGAGGCUUCUAGUUCUGACAGGGCCGCUACAGAAACCUACAAGAAAGAAUUCACAGAAUUCAUGAAUCAGGCAGAAGGAUAUGUCACUCAGCAGGUAUUCAGCUGUGAUGAAACAGGGCUUUUCUGGAAGAAAAUGCCAAGUAGAACUUACAUCACAAAGAAGGAAAAGGCAUUACCAGGGCAGAGUGAGCAGCAAAAGGUGAUUGUUGAGGAAUAUUCCACGGAGACAGAGGAAGACAGGGAAGAGGUUAGCAGUGAUAUGAUAAAAUCCAUUAUGAACAAAUGGAAUGAGUGCCAGGAUUUCUUUGAGAAGCACCACCCCAACGUAAAUGUAACAAACCGAGUGUUGAAUCUGAUGAACGAUUAUGUGGUCUCUCAUUUCUGGACGAUUAUGCAGCACAGGAGAAAACAAGUGCCAUUAGGCAGAGAUUUUGUCCAAAUGGACCCUGCAGCUAAAAGACAAAGAAGAGAGGAAACCUGUGAAGAAGAUGUCCUCAAUGGCUUUCUGGAGGGUUACUCUCCAUCCAAACAAUAACACCCCCCACACACCUUCCUGUCCUCUAUGCCAGAAAUCACCUCAAGCAAGAAAUUGAAAAUGGACUAAGACAAGAUCAAAAGCAAGAACAGUGAAACUGAAAACUAAUGGAGAAAAAUCCAUGAAAUGAAACUCUGGUUUCUCAAAAACAAAAAAGCUUUGCCUUCCACUUUUGAUGUGUGUAGUUGAUGCAGGCUGCCAAGAUGAAUGCUCUCCAAACUAUAGAGGGUCUCUUGACUUUAAGCCAGCAGGAAGAACUUGUGGAUUUACCAAAUAGCUAUCCCUUGAGUGCUAGUGAAGAUGAGGGGGACAGUGAUGGAGAGAGAAAACAUCAAAAGCUUCUGAAAGCCAUCAGUUGUCUCGAUGAAAAGAAUAGAUGGAAAUGGACUGAGCGGUCUGAGGCUAGUUUACAGGUCUCAGAAUUCAACAUGAGUUCUGAAGGAUCAGGAGAAAAGCUGGUCCUUUCCGAUCUUCUUGAGCCUGUUAGAACUUCAUCUGCAUUGGCUGCUGUGAAAAAGCAACUGAAUAAAGUUAAAUCCAAAAAGACUAUGGAAUUACCCCUUAACAAAGAAGAAGUUAAACAGAUCCACAGAGAAAUAGCAUUCAAUAAGACAUCACAAACCCUCUCCAAGUGGGACCCUAUUGUUCUCAGGAACUGGCAAGCAGAGCAGCUGGUAUUUCCCUUGGAGAAGAAACAGCCAGCCUUUGUUCCCAUUGAACUUGUCCUCAGUGGUUGGAAGGCAAGAACCCCCCUGGAGCAGGAAAUCUUUAACCUCCUUCAUAAAAACAGGCAGCCAGUGACAGAUCCUUUAUUGGCUCCCAUGGAAAAGGCUGCUCUCAAAGCUAUGAGCCUGGAAGAGGCCAAGAUGCACCGAGCAGAGCUUCAGAGGGCCCGGGUUUUGCAGUCCUAUUAUGAAGCCAGAGCAAAAAGAGAGAAGAAAAUCAAAAGUAAAAUGUUUCACAGAAACAUGAAGAAAGAAAAGGCCAGGAAAGCCCUGAAAGACUUUGAUCAUCUGUGGAAGGUAAAUCCUACUGCUGCAUUGGAUGAACUGCAAAAAAUGGAAAAGGCCAGAGUGAUGGAGCGAAUGAGCCUGAAGCACCAGAACAGUGGGAAAUGGGCCAAGUCAAAGAUGGUUAUGGCCAAAUAUGACUUGGAAGCUCGCCAAGCUGUGCAAGAACAAUUGGCUAAGAACAAAGAACUGACACACAAACUCCAGAUAAUCUCAGAGAGUGAAGAAGAGAAGAGGGGUACCAAAGAGGAAGAAUCUCUUGUCCCUGAUGUACUGAAUGAGGUACAGAUGUGUACAGAUGGACCAAAUCCUUGGCUGCUUAGGGGUUGUAACAGUGAUACAAAAGAGAGUGAAAUCCAGCCAGACCCUGAACAACAGCCUGAGCCUGUCAUCCCAAAGUUUCCUAAAACUGAGGAAGAUGAAAGACCAGCAGCAGAGGAAGAAAUUUUGUUGAAAGGAUUUGGGGAAAGUCGAUCCCUUAGAGAAAGAUUUCAGCUCAACCGUGACACUGAGUCAGUGGGCUGCCAAGAAACAAAAGAUUCUAGCACCCAGGACAUACUGGCCAAAUUGAAGGCAUUGAAUCAGAAACUAGAAAACCGUCACUCCAGCAAGCAAACAGUGAGUCCAGCAGGGACUGUUCUCCAGGUGCAGAGAGAGGAAUGUAUCCCAGAAGAAGAGGAAUCUCUGUUGUUGCAGAGGCCAGAGAGAGUGCAAAUUCUGGAAGAACUAGAAGGUCUGGGCAAAGAAGAAUAUUUUCAAAAUAAGGAGCUUCCUAGACCUUUGUUAAAAUGGAAGCAAAUGAAGAGAAACCCAAAUAACCAGACUGAUUCCCCUAAGGGGAAGAAAAAGGAGCAAAUGAUUGAUCUCCAGAAUCUUCUAACUACAGAACCUCCUUCCGUGAAAUCUUUGGCCAUUCCCACAGCAAUAGAGGAGUUGGAAGAUGAAGAGAAGCAAAAUCUAAAGCAGAUGAUAAAGGAAGCUUUUUCUGGAGAUGAUGUCAUCAGCGAUUUUUUGAAAGAGAAGAGAGAGGCUAUGAAGGCAAGUAAGCCAAAGGCUGUGGACCUGAUGCUGCCAGGCUGGGGCAAGUGGGGAGGUGCAGGUCUGAAGCCCAGUGCCAAGAAAGGACGCCGGUUCCUCAUUAAAGCCCCUGAAGGUCCUCCAAGAAAAGACAAGGAUUUGCCAAAUGUAAUUGUCAGUGAGAAGCGCAACAUCCAUGCAGCAGCUCAUCAAGUACAGGUGCUUCCGUAUCCAUUCACUCAUCAUCAACAAUUUGAAAGGACCAUUCAGACUCCUAUAGGGUCUUCAUGGAACACCCGGAGGGCCUUCCAAAAGCUCACCACCCCCAAGGUGGUCACCAAGCCAGGCCAUAUAAUUAAACCCAUAAAAGCAGAGGAUGUGAGCUGCCACUCCUCAAAGUUAGGCCUCUCUGUCAUACAGAGCGUCACAGCACAACCCACUGGAAAUAAAAAACAAAAAACAGAUAAAAGCUUUGUAGAUUAAGUUGUCCAAGGACUGACCUCUUGGUGCCCAGGACUGGAAUCCUUGACUGCUCAUCCUUUGAUUGUUUGAUGUUGCAGGAUCAAUUUCAAAACCAGUUUAGCACAUUUUGGGUGUGAUUAAGCCACAUUUUAGAAGUAAAAGCUUUUUUUUUUUUUAAGUUGUAAAAAACAGUAAAACUUUAGCACAACUAAGAAUUGAAAAAAUACCAGAGUGGUUAAAUGGGAACUAUCAUUACAUUUAUUUUUUGUUUCGUUUUGUUUUUCAUUCCUCUUCACUUUUUUGGAGGGGAGAACUUUUGAGCUGGCCCUGAGUAGGUAGCCCCAGGCUGGCCUCAAACCUGUACCUAUCCUGCCUCAGCCUCCAGAGUUCUGGAAUCAAAGCUGUGGCCCACCACAUGAGCAUAUAUAUAUAUAUAUAUAUAUAUAUAUAUUUUUUUUUUUUACCCCUUUAACCAUUGAUUCCAGGUAGGCAAGACUGAUUUAACAUUAAAAAUAUAUUUGUAAAGUAAAAACCUGUCUGUAAUUCACCACAUCAGUAGUCUAAAAAAUAUCACUGUAUGCAGAAAACCUGUUUGAUCAAGUCAGAUACCCAUUUGUGGUUGAAAGAAACAAUCAGCAAUUGAAUAGAAAGCAAACUUCUUUAACUUGAUUCAAAUAUUCACAUAGCUAUCAUAUUUAAUGUUGAAAGAGUAAAUGCUUUCCCCUUAAAAUCAGGAAUAAGGUAAAGUUGUUAUUUAUGUAACUCUGAUUCAACAAUAUUGGAGGGCCAGGGAUAUAUCUCACUGGCACAGUGGCUGCCUGGCAGGCAUGAGGUCCUGAGUUUGAUUCUUGGUACCAAAAAGGAAAGAAAGUAAUAUUGGAAAUUUUGGCAAGGCACCCCCCAAAAAGUAAUUAAAAUUAUAUAGAUUAGGAAGUAAAGUGUUUACUACUUACAGAUGACAUUGUAUCUUACAGAAUAAGCAAAUACAAAAAGAUAAAGGACACAAUAUAUUUCUUGUAUAAUAACAAGGAAUAAGUGAAUACAAAUUCACAAUCUCCUUUACAGUUGCUCCAUGACAGGAAGUACUAAGGUAUCAGCAUGACAAACCCAGCAUUUUAUUCUGAAAAUUACAAAACGAUCAUCAAAGGAGACCUAAAUAAAAGAAGUGUGUUGUGUUCAUUGAUUAGAAACCUCAAUAUAGGGAAUGUGAUUGCUGAGUGAGUACAGAGAAGCAGUGCUAAAACAGGCAACUUGUUAUUUGUUCUCUUCCUGUGGGAUAAGGAGGAAGAGUUAAGGGGUCCUGGAAGCUUGUGGGUGGGCCAAGCAUCUAUGGCACUGUUCAGCCAUAAAAGUAGAUGUGUCUUGCUGGUACAGAAAUACUCUUAUUCAUAGCUGAUACCUCACUGUCCAUCUUUCCCAACAUCAGCUGCUUUGAGUUGUGACUGACAUGUCUCUAUAAUUAAGGGGCUAGAAUGCCCUACACAUAUGUCCGAAUAUGCCAGGGGAUUUGGAAGGAAGGAAGAGUCUUAAUCAUGUACAACUGUAAUAGAUUUGGGAACUCUAGUAACCGUAAUAACUCAUCCGUCAGGGCAACACAGCUGUGAUAAAAAUGCCAAGGGUUGUAGGGCAGAGCUGCAGUCUGCAGAGGGCUGUAAAGGAAAAGCCAUGGAGCCCAGCACUUCCCUGUGCCAGGAAGUACCCAGGCCUUGGAGAAGGACCCAAAGGGAAUAAAUUUUCCUUGAUUCUUUUCCUCAUAGCCCAAACCAGGAGGUAGCAAGAUCUUUUGAAAGCUAUACAGCCUGACAUGAGUAGACAUUUAGCUUCUGUGUUCCUGUAGGAAGCAAAGCACCUGAAAAGCUGGCGUGAUUCCAACGAACAUUGUGGUUGGGAACAGAAUGACGCUAUGGAUGGGGCCUUUGGGCUAUAUCAAUCUCUAUUGAGUUUGCAUCUGAAUUAUAGUAGGGUGUCUCAAGCUUGCAAUGUUCUGUGUUACAUAUGCCAGAAGGUACUAUUCCAUUGAUGAGGAGCUGUAGACAAAUUUAGCAGAACCAAAUCCUCUAUCAUAGCUAGCAGUGCUUGGCCCAUGAUUUGGCAUGAGUUUGUUUUAUCUGCCUGAAUUCUUUGGAAAUAUAAGAAAAAACAAGUUUCUAGACCUGAUGGUUUUCUUACUGGAGAUUUGCUUUAGGGUGUAGGAUUUGGGAUUAUGACCUAGCUACUGUGUAGGCCCCCUUUGAAGUGGAGCUAUUGGCUUCUAGAAGAGCUGUCAUCAGAAUCUAGUAUCUGACCUGUAGACACCAGUUGAUUCUCCAACCUGAUAUACCCAUUUUGGGGAUGAGUGCAUUUGAAGUUCAUCUCUGAAAAAGCCCCUGAGCCUCACUUGGACAUGGCCUAGGAAAUGCAACAUAUUGUGUUAAAAAUGCAAACUUAUGCCAACGUGACAAAUAGAGAAAAAUCAGCAUAAUGUGAACUUCAGUUUACUUAUGUGCAAUAUUGUGUGCAGGAAACAGGUGAAUACAGGAAAUACCACAAUCAAGUCAUGGACAGAUACACAAUCACAAUAUAUACAGAUGUCUUCAUAGAUACAGCAUUUCGGUGUUUUACCCAUUUAAUGUGUAUAAAAGCUAAUUUUUAAACUA